CUUACCAUAACGCCGGCUCGAGAUCGAGAGGGAGAGGGGUGGGAGGCCCUCCAAGCUGCAGAAGGGAAUUGCGUCAUCUAGCGCUGUUUCUCUCGAAAGGCGGAGACGGACAGUCUUUCUAUCUCUCUCUGGAAAUUGGAACUCUCAUCAGUCGCAUGAUCCUUCCCUAGUUAAUCCUUUCUCUCAGCGACAAUGACAACUUCGCUCUCUUCAGUCGAGUUGAAUUAUCUCGUCUUCCGUUACCUCCAAGAAUCAGGUUUCACGCAUUCUGCUUUUGCUUUAGGAUACGAGGCUGGUAUCAACAAAUGCAAAAUUGAUGGCAAUUUGGUUCCUCCUGGUGCUCUUAUCACAUUUGUUCAGAAAGGACUUCGGUAUAUGGAGAUAGAAGCGAACUUGAGUAAUAGUGAGGCAGAUGUAGAUGAAGAUUUUGCAUUUUUAGAACCUUUGGAUCUCAUUACAAAGGAUGUAAAUGAACUGAGGAAAAUGAAGGAGGAGAAAAAGAAAGAUCCAAGAAAGUGUAGGGACAAAGAGUUUGACAAGGAAAAUGAUGGUGAACGUAAACAUGCAAGAGAUCGGGAAAGACAUGACGGGGAGAAGGAACAGGAAAUUGACAGAGAGAAAAUAGUAAAGGACAAGGAGAAAGAGAAGCAGCAUGAGGAGCAUGCAGACACAGUAAUGGUUACAGAUCAAGACAAUAAUGUUGAUGUAAAACAUGAAGAUAAUGGAAUAUCUGGAGGACCUGAGCCAAUGGAUAUCACCAUACCAACUGCUCAGUCUUGUGAAAUUCCAAGUUCUGAUGUGACUAUUCUGGAAGGACAUACUUCCGAGGUUUGUGCUUGUGCAUGGAAUCCAGCAGGUUCGCUUCUUGCUUCAGGGUCUGGAGAUUCUACAGCUCGGAUAUGGACAAUUGCAGGUGGAACCAGUGGAUCUAAUUUACAGAAUGGACCUUCAAAUGUGUUGGUGCUGAAGCAUGUUAAGGGCAGAACAAAUGAGAAAAGCAAAGAUGUCACAACUCUUGAUUGGAAUGUGGAAGGGACUCUGCUUGCAACAGGUUCAUAUGAUGGGCAAGCUAGAAUUUGGAGUUCUAAUGGUGAGCUAAAGAGUACUUUAAUCAAACACAAAGGACCCAUUUUCUCUCUGAAGUGGAACAAGAAAGGAGAUUUUAUUCUUACUGGAAGCUGUGACAAAACUGCUAUUGUGUGGGAUGUGAAGAACCAGGAAUGCAAACAACAAUUUGAAUUCCAUUCAGGUCCAACACUUGAUGUUGACUGGAGAAACAAUGUUUCAUUUGCAACAAGCUCCACAGACACUAUGAUCUAUGUUUGCAAGGUUGGAGAGAACCGCCCAUUCAAAACCUUUUCUGGGCAUCAGGGUGAAGUUAAUUGUGUCAAGUGGGACCCCACAGGUUCAUUACUGGCCUCUUGCUCUGACGAUAUCACUGCAAAGAUAUGGAGUAUUAAGCAGGACAAACAUGCUCACGAUUUAAGGGAGCAUACUAAGGAGAUAUACACUAUCAGGUGGAGUCCCACUGGACCUGGCACGAACAACCCUAACAAGCAGUUAUUAUUAGCAAGUGCUUCAUUCGACUCCACAGUGAAGUUAUGGGAUGUUGAGCUAGGGAGACUGAUCUGCAGCUUGAAUGGCCACAGGGAUCCUGUGUACUCCAUUGCUUUUAGCCCAAAUGGUGAUUAUUUGGCGAGUGGAUCCCUUGACAAGUCGUUGCACGUUUGGUCUCUGAAGGAAGGCAAGAUCGUGAAAACCUAUACGGGCAAUGGGGGCAUAUUUGAGGUCUGCUGGAACAAGGAGGGAGACAAGAUAGCUGCUUGCUCUGCGGACAACACAGUUUGUGUCUUGGAUUUUAGAAUGUAGGAGAUAGGAGAUGCCUGGUUUUACUUGAUGUUAGGAAUCAAGCGUUGCGUUAGUUAGGGAAAAGGUGGUUGGUGAUAGGAGGGCGGGCUGCCAUAUAGGCUUCCGUUUCUCCUGUAAAUGAGAUAUGAUUUUGCUUACUAAUUUGGAUCGCCAUGUAAAUCCAGUGUUCAUGUUCCUAACUUUAAAUAGAUGAUUCGGUCUUUAACUUUAA